CUGGGUAGAGAAGGCAGACACUGAGCAGGGCUGCUGGAGGGAGGAAGGUUGCCUCAUGCCGCCGGGCUUUAUCGGGUAUUAAACAAUCUGACGUCCAGCGUUGCGCGACCGACUUUGUUGGUUGUGUAAGGAGGAAUUAUAAAGCAACAAAAUGCAUCUUAUGGGGAUCUCGGUUCUGCUGGCGGCUCUGCAGGUUGUUGUUGUGAGCAGAGAGGCCGAGCGGUCCUUGCCUUGCACAAGGGGGUUUAUACAGGAGGAAUACAUCAUCAAAAUGGACCAAGAGCUGGCAAAGGGAGAGGCUGUCUUCAACGUGAGCUUUAUGGACUGCGGUGGCAGGAGGGUGUGGUUUAAGGUUGGAGAUCCAUCUGAUUUCAGGGUGAGUGAGGAUGGUGUGGUCUAUGCCCUGCAGUCCCUCAGCCUGGCGAGAAAGGAAAAAACAGUGGUGGUGGUUUACGCUCAAGACCUGCAGUCCAAACAGGUCUGGAAGACCAGAGUGCACCUCCAUGCACAUGCAAGUGGGAACAGCACCGGACAUGAACAGGUAAAGCCCAGUGAUGCAACACUGACUCAGCGGGUACCAGAGAUCUUGUUUCCAUGGCACAGCGUGGUUGUCAGGGGUGAUGGUGCUCUGAGGCGGGUGAAGAGGGACUGGGUCAUUCCGCCCAUUAGCGUCCCUGAGAACUCAAGAGGACAGUUCCCAGAGGACCUAGUCAGAAUCCGCUCAGACCGGGAUAAGAACCGGAUGCUGCGUUAUAGUGUGACAGGCCCCGGGGCUGACCAGCCCCCGACCGGUAUCUUCAUCAUCAACCCGAUCUCAGGCCAGCUGUCCGUCACCAAGCCUCUGGACAGAGAGCACAUCUCCAACUUUCAUUUGCGUGCCCAUGCUGUGGACCUGAAUGGGAAUCAAGUGGAGAACCCAAUUGACAUUGUCAUCAAUGUGAUCGACCAGAACGACAACAGACCAGAGUUCACACACACCAUUUUUAACGGCUCUGUACCCGAGGGAUCCAAACCUGGAUCAUUUGUGAUGACAGUGACAGCAGUGGACAAGGAUGAUCCAAAAACUGCUAAUGGGAUGCUGCGAUACAAGAUCCUCUCCCAGAAUCCCCAGAGCCCUUCCUCCAACAUGUUCACCAUUAACAACAAGACUGGUGAUAUCAUCACUGUGGCAGCGGGCCUCGAUCGGGAGAAAGUCACCCAGUACACCCUGAUCAUUCAGGCUACAGAUAUGGAGGGAAACCCCACUUAUGGCCUGUCCAACACUGCCACCACUGUCAUCAGGAUCACUGAUGUCAACGACAACCCACCUGAAUUCACCACAGACACAUUCUUCGGAGAGGUUCAUGAGAACAGGGUGAAUGUGAUCGUUACUAACCUGACUGUGACAGACAAGGACCAGCCUCACACUCCAGCCUGGAGUGCUGUGUACCGCAUCAUUGCCGGAGACCCCACCGGACGUUUCUCCAUCCCUACUGACCCCACCUCUAACGAGGGCCUGCUCACUGUGGUCAAGCCCAUAGAUUUUGAGCUGACCCGUUCCUUCAUGCUGACAGUGGAGGCAGAAAAUGAAGUCCCACUGGCCCGAGGCAUCCACCAGCCACGUCAGUCCACAGCAACCGUUUCUGUACGAAUUCUGGACAUCAAUGAGAGUCCAGAGUUCAGCCCCAACCACAAGUCCAUCAAACUGGAGGAGGGUCUGCCUGCUGGCUCUCCACUCACCACCUUCACAGCCCAGGACCCUGACCGCUUCAUGAGACAAACUGUCCGGUACUCCAAGAUGUACGACCCUGCCAAUUGGCUAGAGAUUGACCCAGUUAAUGGUCGGAUUUCCACCAUUGCCAUCCUUGACCGAGAGUCUCCCUACAUUAAGAACAACCUCUACAAUGUUACCUUCAUGGCUUCUGAUAACGGUAUCCCGCCUGCCAGCAGCACAGGCACCCUUCAGAUGUAUCUGCUGGAUAUAAAUGACAAUGCACCUCAUGUGUUCCCCCCUGAGGUAGAAAUGUGUGAGAAGCCAGAUCCCAAUGCCAUCAACAUCACAGCCAGUGACCCUGACCUGAGCCCUAAUGCUGGACCAUUCGUCUUCGAGCUGGCCAAUCGUCCAUCAGACAUUCGCCGCAACUGGACACUCAGUCGAAUCAGCGGUGAGCAUGCCCAGCUUCGACUGUGGAUCGGCUCCCUGGCCAGUGGGAUCUAUGAGGUUCCAGUCAUGAUCACAGACUCUGGCAACCUGCCCAUGUCCAACACAUCCUACCUGAGGGUCAAGGUCUGCCAAUGUGAUCACCAUGGAGACUGUGUGGACAUGGAGCGAAUCAUCGCAGCUGGACUGGGUACUGGGGCCAUUAUUGCCAUCCUCAUCUGUAUCAUCAUUCUGUUAGUGCUGGUGCUGCUGUUUGUGAUGUGGAUGAAGAGGAGGGAUAAGGAGCGUCAGGCCAAGCAGUUCCUCAUUGACCCAGAGGAUGAUGUCCGAGACAAUAUCCUCAAAUACGAUGAGGAGGGAGGCGGAGAGGAGGACCAGGACUAUGACCUGAGUCAGCUGCAGCAGCCUGAUGCCCUGGAGCCAGAGUGUGUCAAAGUGGGGAUCAGACGUCUGGAUGAAAGGCCCCUCCAUCAUGAUCACCAGUACCCCCUCCGCUCUGCUGCUCCCCACCCAGGAGAUAUAGGAGACUUCAUCCAUGAGGGCCUGAAGGCAGCAGACAACGACCCCACCGCUCCCCCCUAUGACUCCCUGCUGGUGUUUGACUAUGAGGGCAGUGGCUCCACCGCCGGCUCCCUCAGCUCCCUGCACUCCUCCUCAAGCUGUGGAGACCAGGACUAUGACUACCUCGGCGACUGGGGGCCACGCUUCCACAAGCUGGCCGACUUGUAUGGCGGAGGGGAUGAUUAGCACGGUCAUCCCCCAGCAACAGCAACCACCCUCCCCAUCACACCUUUGCUCCAAGGCUCAGGUGCAGGUGGGAUUAAGAAAACAGGAUAUGGGGUCAACACGGGGUUUGGAUCAGCACUUCUGUAUUACCACUGAACAGCUUGUUCAAAGACAUGCUGCCUUUUUAGGACAGUUGAAGACACUAGAGACCAUGCAGACUCCUGGCUUAGCAAGGCCUAGCAGCAGCUAGCAUUCAUGGACAUUAUCAUCUGAGUGUUAGCCCUAAGCUAACACACUUGAGCAGCGAGAGCAGUGAGCUCAGAGGGGAUGUUGUCCCCGUGAUGGUUAAGAGCUACGACAGCCAUGCUACAAACACUCAUUUACACUUGAAUCUCACAGUACAGGAGCACUGGGAUCAAAUGUGCCUUUUUGUACAUUCUUUUGAUUGUGUGCAGUCUUGAUUCUGUAAGUUGCUUUAAAGCUCCUGGUGUUUCGGAAUGGUAACUGGAGGAGCGCUUCGCCAUGAUAAUGGGUGCUUGUGUGUGCUUGGGUUCCACCUCAUUGUCUGUGUGUGUGUGUGUGUGUGUGUGUGAAUCAUUUCCACAGAGACACACUGGAUGGACACUGAAAAACAAAGCCUACUAUGAGAUGCCUUGGAUAAUCCUUCCAGCAAAAACAUGGUUUUACAGUACAGCUCUGGGUCUUAAAGGUUUUGUCUUUCCAUCUGAUUCACUCAAAAAAUGACAACUCCUCUCCCAAUAUGUGACUGUGUAUACAUCUUAAUCAAUCACUGAGGACAUCAGAAUCAAAUGUAGAAAUUUAAAUUUGAUAAAACUAAGCUUAGUCUUUCAAUGAGUAACAAAUACACAGUACAGUACUUAACCGGUUCUCCUCUGGCCAUUGGCCUAAUCACACCUGUUGUCAUUACGUCCAGUAUAUGACACAAACAUGAACACCUUUGUGAUACCACAGAUCUAUUGUCACGUUGUUUAUGGCUUUCUCUACAUUGCUCUGGUAUUGAUGUGGCUGCAGGCCUGUGGUAACAAAGCCAGCCAAGAUCGCAGGUUUUAAUGUCCUCCUGCUUACCCACACUGGAGACUGUGAUCAUUCAGCAUCACAUCAAGGCUUAAAAAUGGCCACUUUCUCUGGCUUUUUAGUGAAGUUACAUAACUUUAUUGCUGAAUCCCAGAGGUUUCAACAACAAUGCCCUUGACGCACUUUCACAAAUAGGGACUUGAAAUGAGAUAUAAGUAGCUUAUUAGGAAUAAAACAAUACAAAAUAAAAGCAGUGAAAAGCAUGGUGAAAAAAUACCAUUUCCAUUUAUGUGUUUCCACAUAUGAAAUAAAACAAAAACGAAACAACAACAAAGGACCAAGGCCACCAGCAAAGACAACUAAAUUUAAAACCAUUUGAAGUACUUUGAUUGCAAAUCAAUAGUAAGAUAUAUCAAAUGUCAAAUAAAUAAAAAAUUUCCAUCAUGAGCAAAAUGAACUGAGUAAUAAAAUAUGUAAUGACAGAGAAAGCAGGAGCGAGUGCGUGUCCGGUGUAGGUCCAGCAGAGACGUUCUAGUUGGAUGGGGUUUGUAUUCACUAAUGAAUAUGUAUGUUUAAAGAGAAGGUUCUGAACAGAAUAUAAAGUGACUGAGUGCUGACUAAUAUUUAGGUCUGCUGCUUAAAAUGUCCAAUCCCACACCAUUCCUCUGUAACGACUGGAUGUGCAGCAGAACGGUGCCAAGGUGGUGUAUGGGGAUGUGAGACCUUGGCAGACAAAUUAUUCUUUUUGCUUAUUGCACUGAAACAGCAGCAUUUACCUACUUUUUGUUUUUUGAACCAUCUGAAGAUAGAAGCCGAAAAAUCGAUCCAGCAAUUUGGUCUACAGCUGGUAUUUUUUGCCACUUCUGGCUAGAGUUUCAUAAACUUUUACAAGGAUAUUCACAGUGUCCCGAGAAUGAAUCAAAUGUUCCACAUGUACAAAAGAAGUAUUAAAGGUACAGGAAACUUAACUUAGUCACACUUUUUCUUACUGCAUAGUGAUUUUGCAUGAAACAUCAAAUAGCUACAAAUCUAUAACUACAUUGUUGUUGUACAUUAUUUAUGUCAUCUAACCUCACAGGUCCAGACUAUGGCAUGGUAGGGCUCUUUCUGUCUCAUGCUAGGGAUGGGUUCUGAUUGCCGGUUCUGUUCCUUCCAAUUCCAUGUUGGUAAAAAACAUCUAACACUGUAUCAACAUCUCAGUUCUAUUACUAGCCCUAAAAUAGGAAGACACUGGUGAUGAUAACACAGCUCCCCUCUUUUAGCACAUUUUAGGAAAUAAACACUUCAAUGAAAAUCAAAGUCAAUCCUGUUGGGAACAUUCACCCAAAUAUGAUUAGUCUUCUCUUUUCUCUUGUAAAAGAUUUAACAUGAAAUCUUUCUAUUAAUGUAAAUCACUCAUGAGGAUCUUUUUUUUUUUUAUUUGUACACAUGCAGUUUAUUCUUCACUCUGUUUUUCUGUCAUAUACUUGUUUUGAUAGCAGUAUUUCUCAACCGAUUGAUGGAUCAGACCCUGGUCUGUUUCUACAGAAAGCAUCUGCCUUCUAUCACUCAUCA